CUCACACACAUAUACUGGAGCGGAGCGAGCAGAGCACACACACAGAGACACACACCGCCGAGGUUUACCUGUGCUGCUGGAUUGUUUUCUCUUCGGAAGCCUCUGACAGGUGACCUGUCAACAUGUUCAAGAAAAAGAGCAAGACCACGGCGAUAACACAGCCUCAGACCAGCGCUCCGUCCACAGAACUCAGCGCUCUGAUCGACAAGCUGCAGAAGAAUGCUGACAAAGUGGAGAAGAACAGCUAUGACAUCGAGCAGAACCUCAACAAGGAUGUGAGUAAGAUCAACGAGGGGAAGCAGCCUCUGUACCAGGAUGACACCAACAAGAGAAUUCUGGCGUCUCUGGAGCUGCUGAACGGGCUGGACGACGACGCGGUCAACGCCAAGCGGCUGCAGCACCCCCAGGCCGAGAUGAUCGAGAAGGACAUGAGGCAGCUGAGAGAGAAGGUGAUGAAGCUGAAGGAGGACCACGACCGGAUCUACCACCUGACCCGCACCGAGGGCCUUCCCAGCAUCAACUGGGGCAACAUGAUGGAUGAGAAGCUGGACAACCUGAACAACAAGGGCUUUGGCCAGGACCUGCCGUCAGUGGAGAACGAGGUGGAGGAGCACAACAUCUUCCACAGCGAGGUGGAGGCUCUCGCCCCUCACAUCUCCUCCGGCGGAGACAAGGAAUACGUCAGUAGCCUGCAGAUGAAGUACGCCAAACUACUGGCCAGCUCCAGCAGCCGGCAGCGCCACCUGCUGGGCCUGCGGGACUACAUGCAGCGCUGCACCAACGAGCUGUACUGGAUGGACCAGCAGGCGGAGGAGAGGGUCAACUACGACUGGAGCGACACCAACCUCGACUACCCCGCCCGCCAAAGGCAGUACGAGAACUUCAUUGGGAAAUGUCUUGAGUCCAAAGAGGCCACCGUCACCAAACUGAACGACGACGGAGAGAAGCUGAUAGCAUCGGACCAUCCAGGGAAGAACGUCAUCGAGGCUCAUACGGAGGCCGUGCACGCUGACUGGAAGGAGUACCUGAACCUGCUCAUCUGUGAGGAGAACCACCUCAAAUACAUGGACGAGUACCACAAGUACCACAAGGAGGCGCGGGACACUCAGGACCUGCUGAAGAGAAUGGACACGGAGCUCAGCCAGAAGUACAACCCGGAGUUCAAAGACGUGUAUCAGAUGGAGGGUCUGAUCAGAGAGCUGGAUGACCAAGCUAAGGCCAUGGACCACUUUGAUGACCGGGUGAAGGCUCUUCAGAAUCGCGGCCUGCAGGUCUCGCCUCUGAAGUACCGUCGGGAGACCCCCCCGAAGAUGCUGCCUGUUGAGGCUCUGUGCGAGUUCGACACAGAUGAUGGGGCGAUUUUGCGUGGGGAGAGGUACACUCUGCUCCGGAACAACGGGACCAAAUGGGACGUGAAGGACGCUGCUGGACAUCAGCUCACAGCCCCUGCCGUCUGCUUCAUGGUCCCCCCCACCGACCCAGAGGCAGUGGCAGUCUCUGACAACCUGGCCGGCCAGCAGAAGAGUGUGAAGCAGAGGAUGUCCGGCAGCAAAACCGUUCUGGCCAAACGCUUCGACGAGCUGAAGAAGGCGAGCGGGACCGGCACCACGGAUAAGCAGGAGCAGCAGUGCCGCCAGCUGAUGGCCGGGAUGGACAAAGUGGUGAGUGACCUGGACAAACAGGAAAAGGCCAUCCAAGCUCGUGUUCGCCCCCCCCUGGAGCAGACCCGGCCCCUGCAGGACAGCGCUGAUCGCCUGCAGGAUAUGAGGGAUAUCGCUGCUGCUGUCAGUAAGAUCGAACCAGAGAAGUCCUCUAAAGUGCAGGAGUCAAAGAGCUUUCUGGUUUCAAACCCAACCUGUGCCAGCGCUCCUCAACUUCACAGCAAGGUGGACGUAGCCAACAAGAAGUUCUCUAACAUCGAGCAGCUCCUGCAGAGCUCUCAGGAGAAACUGAAAAAUUCCAACCAGCUGGAGACUUCUCUUCAAAAUGGAAAGACUCUGCUGUCCUCCUACGAGAACAAGCUGGCCAGGGAAGAGGUGGCUCCAUCUGACAUCUCCUCUCUGGAGAAAACUCAGCGGGAACUUGGGGUAAGACGGCUCUUUCAGACUUUGGAUCACAUUACAAUGAGACCCCACUUUGAAAUGGAAAUGAAAGAAUCACAAGUCUUUGAUCACUAG